AUGGCCGACCGAAAAGCGCUGCUGCACUACUACCCGCCGGACUUUGAUCCGUCAAAGAUCCCGCGCCGCAAGGUGCCCAAGGACCAGCAGCAGGUCGUCCGCCUCAUGGCGCCGUUCAGCAUGCGCUGCAACACCUGCGGCGAGUACAUCUACAAGGGCAAAAAGUUCAACGCCCGCAAGGAGACGGUCCAGGGCGAAGACUACUACGGCAUCAAGAUCUUCCGCUUCUACAUCAAGUGCACCCAGUGCAGCGCCGAAAUCACCUUCAAGACGGAUCCAAAGAAUACCGACUAUGCGGCGGAACACGGCGCGUCUCGCAACUUUGAGCCGUGGCGCGAAGACACGGGCGACGAAGAGGUCGACAAGCUGGCGCAGCUCGAGGCGGCCGAGGCCGAGGACCCGAUGAAGGCGCUCGAGAACAAGACGCUCGACUCGCGCCGCGAAAUGGAGAUCCUCGACGCGCUCCAGGACAUCCGCACCCGCAACGCGCGGCUCGAGCGCGUCGAUGCCGACACGGUGCUCGGCAGCCUGGCGUCCAAGGGCAAGGCGAGGGCCGAGGACGAGAUCACACCGGAGGAGCUGGAACGGAGAAAGGCCGAGGAGGAGGACGAGGCGCUGGUACGCAAGUACUUUAGCAGGGCGCAGGACAUUGAGCUCGAAGACGAGCGGGGCGAGGCGGAACGCGAGGUGGCGCUGCAAGAGGCCGAUGCGUCCAGUGGCGGUGGCAGCGGCGGCGGCGAGGGGACGAGCGGGACAUCAAACGCUUCGCCGACCACGCCCAGCGAUGCGGCCACCCCGCGCGGCUCGUCGGCGUCGAGGAUAGUCAAGAGGCAGAUUGACGACGAAGACGAGGCCGAGCCAGACGUCACUAGCCUGCUGAGCGAGCGGGCACGCGCCCAACUCGCCGCCGCCGCGACCAUGACGACCAAGGCGACGCCGGCGACGGCAAAGGCGACAAUAGCCACCGCGACGACGGGUCAGCAGCCUCCGCCCGCCAAGAAGAAAAAGGGCGGUCCCAACGCCUUUGGACUGGUCAAGAAGAAGAAGACGGCCGCGUGA